AUGCAGCUGAGUUGGGUGUCUCUUCUGGUGGUUUCACUCGCCAGCCGAGCAGUUUGUCAAACGCGAUUCGUUAAUCCCCCACCAUGGGAUCCAGAGGACGACGGCAAUCGAGAUUUCAGCAACAACCGACGCUACAAGGAUGGCGAUGAUGUCAAGAUCCGUCUCCAUAUGAAAUCGUACGGUGAUUAUUUUCCAGAGGUACAUGUUUGGCAGGUGAAUCCUGCCAACCAGAAUAGAUCGGAACAUAAGCAAGUGGCCGAGGACGUUCAUUCCAAAACCACUUUCUGGAAGGCCGAGUAUGACAUGGCCCGCCAUUUGAGACACGGCGAAGACGCUGUUUACCGGUUUGGAUUGCUUAGAUAUGGUCAGACCAAGUCAACUGUGAAUUCCACAUACUUCAAUGUCAGCAUGCCGGAUAAUUGGAGGCCCAACCUCCCCUCAGCCUCAGGUACAACAAGCUUGGUACAAGAGUCACCCACCUCGCAAUCCACCACUCAAUCCACUACCCAACCCGGUCCCGAGUUUACAGCCACUGAGAAGCCCUCCCGCGAAGAAGGAAAACCAAGUAAAAAGUCCGGAUUGACAGGUCCUGAAGUUGUAGGUAUCACUGUUGGCGCAUGCUUUGCUUUCGUCCUAAUACUGUUCGGUUCCUGUUGGGGGUAUAACCGGAUGAGAGUGUCAAGGCAGCUACAAAAGUCGCACGAGUUUGAACUCAGAAACAUGGAACGCGAAGUGCGCGCCUUGAAGGAUACGGUAUCAAGAAUUGGUGCUUGA